UGCAAUUAGUUUGAAUUCUGUUGGACUCAUCAACAAAACAAAAUCUCUAUAUCUUCAGAUCUCGAAAACAACGAAAACAUUGACAAUAUCAACAACAAUUAAUCAAAUAAUCAAUCAAUUAUAUGCAUUAUGUAUAAAGUAUACACCUCCAAAAGUUCGUAUAACUCAUGGCAACUUUCAGUUCUACCUUCGUUGCAUCAAUCAGAAGCCUAAAAACCGUCAGAUCUACAUCAUUAACCAAUCAAUCAAACAAUCAACGGCGAUUGAAACCGGUGGUAGCGAUGGGAGGAACGGCAAGGUAUAAGGGGACGCAUAUAAGAGAGAUGAAGCUGGCGGAGAUGAUAGAGAGAAAAGUGACGGAAGCGGAGAAAGUGUGCGCCGGAGAUGAAGGUUCCGAUGAGUGUAAGGUGGCGUGGGAUGAGGUGGAGGAAAUAAGUCAGGCGAAAGCUCAUCUGCGAGUGAAAUUGGAGCGUGAUGAAGAUCCGAUGGAAGAGUUUUGUUCUGGAGAUCCGGAAACGGAGGAGUGUACGGUGGUUUACGAUGGUUGAUCGGAGAUGUUAACGACGGUGAAGGUUCCGGCGUCCUGCUGUGUGUUUCUUGUUUUGACUUUUUUUUCUUUUGUUUCGACAUGUGAAUUAUCUGUUAAAUAAAUAAAUAAAUAUAUAUAACUAAA